GUUCUUUCCCAUCCAAGAUGGCGUACUAGAAGUCUUUUUUUCUGUUUCACGGGAAAAAAAAAUUACGGCAAUUUCGCGAUUGAGACCUGUACUUAAGUGCUAACCUGUACAUUUCUUGCAACCGAAUAAUCUGUUGAGAAAUAGGACCAAAGACUCACGACAUCUUGGAUGGUGUUAAUCAAAACGAAAGAAGAAAGGAGAGCAGUUCACGCAAAGAGGGUAUGGCACAUGGACAAUACGACACCAAUGACUUCCUGUAUGAUGCAGUACUUUUCUAUGAGAAGGACGAUCCAGACAAACCUAGGAUUGAAGAGAUCAGAACAAUACUGGAAAGCGACAGUUGGGGAGUCAACAUCUUCGAUCCUCAUCGUAGCGAGGAUGGCAACAAGAUGGACACAUUCCAACAGUCGUUCAAAAACAGUCGCCACGCCAUCGUGUUUCUCACCAAGACGGUUCUACGCUACAUGGAAGAGAAGAAAAAUGCAGAAGCAACGUUUCGGAUGUCAACCUUCCUGUGUAGCUUGUUGUCAAGUCAUGAUAAGAAAAUCGCUCGACGGCUGAUUCCGAUUAAGUUGACCAAUGACAGAACUACUCCAUUUCUGCUGUGUGACCUGAGUGUGUUGGAGCCAGAACAAGCGGGGUUUAGGAGAAAACUUUUCAGGUGUCUCAGUGUGCCACCAGGACCAAACACCCCUUCACAGGUGCAGGCAAAACAGAAGGUACAGGAGGCCCAGAAGACUGUGGUACUGACAGAUGCUGUGGUACAGAGGCUAGCGGUACAGCUACAUGUCCCACCUGAAGUCAUGGCUGACAUACAGCAGGAGUAUGGAGGGUGCAAGGCAAGGGCUAUGGAGGUGGUAGACUGUUGGAGAACUCGCUAUGGUGAGGAGGCCACCAUGGACAGGCUGACUGAGGCUCUGCGGAGUAUGGCAGGGAGGAGCACAGCAGGGGUGCCUCAACAGGAGGAACCACUUCGGCAUAGUCCAGUUGGGCUACAGCCUCCUGUGGAUCUGCCCUCCAAUGUACCAGUCCAGACAGUGGCAUCAUUAGAAGCACACAUGGGAAUUUUGUCCCUAAAUACAGACCAGUCCCAGAGGAAGGCAACAGGCAAAGAGGACAAGAAGAAGGCCACCAGUUCUCAAAGGCAGAAAGAACCAGCACAGUGAAACACAACACAACGCACCUCUGCAUUACUCUGCAAUAAUGUUUGUUACACUGUUACAGUCCCAUUUCUGGUGCCCAUAGGGGGUGUAUCCCUGGCCAUGUCCUAAAGCCACAAUUUUGUAGACUGCAGAAUAUUUUUACAGAUAGUUUAUGGUGUCUAUUUGUCACCAGGGCCCAGGCUGAUUUUAAGUUUAGAUAAUUCAGGCUCUGGCCGUGCCCCAAAAUAGCCUAGUAUCCGCAAAUGGGACUGUAGAGAAGUGUGUAAAAUGAACAGUUUAAUAAUAUUACAUGAUUCAUCAUCAUGAUGAAAGCUGCUUGAUUAUAUAAGAUAUGUUGAAGAUGUUAGAGGGAAAACAUUUGACAAUCAAUUAUCAGUAAUACUGUACAGAAAAUUGAUUAGUAAUUGUUUAUACAAAGAUUGUAAGUCAUGAAUCCUAAGGACUACAAAUUUUGUAUUUGACCUGGUUUUAGCUUGUUGUAAUGAAGUUUGACUUAUAUUUUGAUCCUAUGGAUAUUUUUAUAUGAAUAUAUAUAUAUAUAUAAGGUGAUACAAUAUCUUUGAAAAAAGAAUGAGGGCUCAGAAUAUUCUAAACAAGUUUUAUGAUAAAACAAUGUAUAUUUUGUAUAUUUGUAUAGAGUGUACAUGAUUAUGUGACCAAUAUUAGGCGAUAUGUCACCACUGGUAAAAUGAAAUUAACAAACAAACAAACCAGAAUUGGGGAGUACACUUGAAUUGUGCAGAUGUCAUAAGACAACAAAGUGCAUUAAACACAUUCCACCAC